AUGGAGGUUGAGAAUCCCACAGCGGUGACUACCAUGAGUUGGGGUCACAGAGCUCCUCGAAACAUCGGAUCCAGAGGGCGCACGCCUCCUUCCAGGAAAGGCAGGGCACAGAGGGCCAAGGACGUCGCUCGAGGUUCUCAAGCGAUCGAUCCUUACCUUGACGGGGUUGACGGCGUCAGCCAGAGAAAUCGAGAUUCCCAAACCAAUGAAGACGAGGGUAGUACUGCCUCUGUCUUCGAGCGGUAUAAGCGCAGAAGUGCUAGCAGCAGUACUAGUAGUAGUGAUAACAGCGGAACUAUCACUAGUGAAGAUUCCCAAAGCCAUGCAGACCCGCAUCGGGGUGCUGCUUCCGUUUCUGGAACGACCGAGUCCAAGCAGCAGCAGCAGCAGCCUCCAAAUACCAUCCGGAUUAAGGAUGAUAGAUUCGACAGAGUGUUGCUGAUCAAGCCUCGUCAAGAAGCUUUGAACUAUGCCAGAGAGGUGACAGAGACGUCCCCAGAUGACAAUCAUGUCUUCUGGGUGGACGGAUCGACAGCCGCCAACGAAGCAGCGCCAUCUGGAGUCGCAGUUAUCCACGGGCACAGCGGAAAAGACGCGGACGAGCUGUACUGCCUCGAAGAGAUCCGGCUCAGCCAGUUGGCUGAGUUGUUUGCUAUCGGGGCCGGUCUUAGAGCAGCAGUCCGCCGACUGGAGCGCCUUCAAGUGUCAGGUCAUGUUGUCCAGGUCUUCACGGACUGCCAAGCGGCCAUGGAAAUGCUGCGGCCUAGAACAAAGAAGUUGAGCCCACUCGCUGGCCGUCUAGUGCGUCUUGUUGACGCUCUUUCUCACCGGCUCUGCUCGAUGAGAGUCAAGGUCGAGCUUCAUUGGGUUCCGGGACACCAGUGUGUUCGGGGCCAUAAGAGAGCUGACUUGUUAUCCAGGACUAUCACAAGUUUUAUGAUGAACAACCUGGCUGACAAGAUCAAUCAAAUCAAUGCAGUUAGAGUGGACUGCACUUUCCUCGAGUUAUCCUGAGCAUAUAUCCAUAUUGCGUUAG